UGAGAACAGAGAGAAAGUCACAGUCUGUGAUAUGAAACUAUCUCACUGUCCUCAUCUCGAGCACCACUCCUGAGAAAGGUUCAGCCCUGUUUUGAGAACUUUCUUACCUCUGGUACUGCUUGGGACAUAAGUAAAAUACAGAGAAGAGAGGCCUGUCUGGUCUUUUGGUGGAAGGAGGUCUAGAGCAUUGAAGACUCAUCUAGAACCUGAGAGUGGUAGGAGGAACGCUGUGUGAUCAAAGGAAAAAGGAACAUAUUUGUGAUACAAACUUGCAUUCCCUUUUCUGGUGGUGGUAUUGUGCCAGGAAGCAUUUGUGAAUCCCAAAAGACCACCAAGGAGCUGAUUCCAAUAUAAUCACAUUAGGGUCUCCUUAUUCAAGCUUGAACUUGGGCCACACAGAAGAGAACAGUCCGGGCAACUUAGUUUCAGGAGAGCAUCAGUGUGGUCAGGAGGCCUGAAAGUGGACUCAAACAAUGGCGGCAUCAGUGCUGAGCCCCACAUCCUGGGAGAAACGAAGGGCCUGGCUACGACAGAGUCGUAACUGGCAAACCCAGAUCCUAGAAGAGGAAGCAGCAGCUGCACUGCAGGAUGCACUGGAUCCUGAGCCUUCUAGCCUGGAUGAUGUUUUCCAGGAAGGGAAUCCAAUCAAUAAGAUUGAGGACUGGCUGCAGGGCUGUGGUUGUAGAGACACUGAAGAGGGACUUUCUGAAGAAACAGGGCAAUCUAACUACAGUGGGUACUCUAGCCAUGGGACAAGCUUUGAAGAUGACUUGAGUCUUGGAGCAGAGGCCACAUUACUGUCCACCAGUGGAAACCUCUUCUCUAGGAAUUUCCUCCAGACACCCAGACCUUGCCAGUUACUUGAUCUUGGCUCUAGUUUGGCUUCCAGCAGCAUGACUGGUGGGACCAACAAAACCAGUUCAAGCAUCUCAGAGAUUUUGGACCAGGUACAAGAAGAUGCAGAAGAUAUUCUUUUCAGCCUGGGCUUUGGCCACGAGGACCACAAAGACACAUCUCGUAUCCCUGCAAGAUUUUUCAGCAACCCUUCUCAGGCCAAGGGCAUUGACUUUCAGCUCUUCCUGAAGUCUCAGGUGCAAAGGAUGGAGAUGGAAGAUCCCUGCCUGAUGCUGGCCAGCCGGUUUAAGCAGGUGCAGACGCUAGCUGUCACUGCUGAUGCUUUCUUCUGUCUCUACUCCUAUGUGUCUAAGACACCUGUCCAAAAAUUCACCCCAUCCAACAUGUUCUGGAAUUUCGACCCAACUAAUGUGCCAUCCAUCAGGAUUCUGGCUCCAGAGGCUGAACCCUACUCACCCAGAGAACGUCUCCGGAAAGCAAUCUCUAAAAUGUGCCUGUAUACAGGUUCCCGAGAUCGGCUGUCAUCAUCUUUCAACAACCUCAAAAAGAACAGUUUUGACCAAAUUGUGCAAGAAGUGAUGGACAGAGUGAAAGGAGAAAAACUAGGUCUCCAGCAAGACCCUGAGCAUAGACAAGCCCCUCAGGAAGAGUCUGUGCCCACAGUAAAAAAUCCAAAUCCAUCUACCUCUUCAUUUCCAUGUGUUUUCUGCCUUAAAGAAAAAACACAGGGGGACAUGUGCCAUGCUCAUGCUUUGGUAAGAGCAGGUCCACAGUACCACAUAGACCCUACACAGGUAAGGAGACAGCUGUGGGUUCUACAGAACAUUAAUGAGAAGCCACAUUCAGCUGAGAAUGAGAGGCCAUGGGAAAGAAAAAGCAAAGCAAGAAAGAACCUAUUUCAAAGGAUUUCCUUGAACUUGUCCAUCAUCCAGCAGAAACAAAACCAAGGACAAGCCAGAGAUGAGCUGCACCAAUCUUUAACUCAGCAGGUUCAGGAUGCUUCUGAUUUGGAGCAGGACCAGCUUCAGCAUGGAGAGAGGUUCUGAGAGAAGGGGUAACUGGGAGCAGCAAAGACAAACGUCUUGAAGUCAAAUCAUGGAUCCAACCAAAUGAUCUGGGUUCUGUUUGAUACAGCUUUUCCAGUCUGCUUCUCUCUGUUCUGCUUCCUCUCUAGAGAUUCCUUUGUAUUCUGCUUGCUUGCUAUUCCAAGUGAUCUCCCUAUCCAAAUUCUGCUUGCUUUCCUAAGAUAUCUCUCUGUCCAUGUCCUGCUUGCGUGCGUGCGUGCGUGCGUGCGUGUGUGUGUCUGUCUGUCUGUCUGUCUGUCUGUCUGUCUAUACAAACACAGUGGGAUAGAAGGUUUUGGGUGUCCUUUUUUCACUAAUUAAUUCACAUCCUGAUUGUAGCCCCCCCUCCUCCCAGUCAUACUCUCACAAAGCCCUCCCCACAUUGCCCCUCCUUUUCCUCAGAGGAGAGGACACCCCUCUUGGGUACCACCCACCCUGGCAAACUGCAGCAGGACUAGGUACUCUCCCACUGAAGCCCAGCAAGACAAUCCAGCUAAGGGAGGGUAUCUAAUGGCAAGAGACAGAAUCAAAGACAGCCCCCACUCCAAUUGUUGGGGGACCCACAUGAGGCUACACAUCUGCUACAAAUGUGU